GCCAGGCGCUCGCUCGCCGAACUACCGCCGUUCCCUCGCUCCGCCGGGGCCUCCGGACGCGCUCCCCGUGCGGGCCUCCGCAACACUCGGGCCGAACGCACGCCCGCUCGCACUCACACCGCGGUUCACAGCCGCACGCGCGCUCGCACCCGCACUGCCGCUCACGCGCGCUCACACUCCCCCACGCGCGCUCCGCUCCCGCUCCAGCCCCGCGCCCCGUGGAGGCGCAGGACCGCAGCCCAGAGCGCCGAGGGGCUCCGCGGCCUUCCCAUGGCGGACCUGAGCUUCAUCGAAGAUACCGUCGCCUUCCCCGAGAAGGAGGACGAUGAGGAGGAGGAGGAGGAGGGUGUGGAGUGGGGCUACGAGGAAGGUGUGGAGUGGGGUCUGGUGUUUCCUGAUGCUAAUGGAGAAUACCAGUCUCCUAUUAACCUAAACUCGAGAGAGGCUAGGUAUGACCCCUCACUGCUGGAUGUCCGCCUCUCCCCAAAUUAUGUGGUCUGCCGAGACUGUGAAGUCACCAACGAUGGACAUACAAUUCAGGUUAUCCUGAAAUCAAAAUCAGUUCUCUCUGGAGGACCAUUGCCUCAAGGGCAUGAAUUUGAACUGUACGAAGUGAGAUUUCACUGGGGAAGAGAAAACCAGCGUGGUUCUGAGCACACAGUUAAUUUCAAAGCUUUUCCCAUGGAGCUCCAUCUGAUCCACUGGAACUCCACUCUGUUUGGCAGCAUUGAUGAGGCUGUGGGGAAGCCGCAUGGAAUCGCCAUCAUUGCUCUGUUUGUUCAGAUAGGAAAGGAACAUGUUGGCUUGAAGGCUGUGACUGAAAUCCUCCAGGAUAUUCAGUAUAAGGGGAAGUCCAAAACAAUACCUUGCUUUAAUCCUAACACUUUAUUACCUGACCCUCUGCUGCGGGAUUACUGGGUGUAUGAAGGCUCUCUCACCAUCCCACCUUGCAGUGAAGGUGUCACCUGGAUAUUAUUCCGAUACCCUUUAACUAUAUCCCAGCUACAGAUAGAAGAAUUUCGAAGGCUGAGGACGCAUGUUAAGGGGGCAGAACUUGUGGAAGGCUGUGAUGGGAUUUUGGGAGACAACUUUCGACCCACGCAGCCUCUUAGUGACAGAGUCAUUAGAGCUGCAUUUCAGUAGCCAAAGAGGACAGGAACAAGUCUAUCUUCAUGAGGGGGGAAGAUAAUGGUCCUAUGGUGCCUGUGGAUGAGAAAAGGAAACUUUUAAGCUGCAGCUUCAGUUUAUCCUCAAAGCCUGCAUUGUUUGUCUUCAUCUAAUCCAGCCUUGAUGAACAUCUAUGAUGGUUGACUAUACACUUGCUGAAAUGAAGUAUUAGAAAUGGCUGUAUUUUCCAAAGAAACCCUAUAUUAUAUAUCCACAUUACUGCUGCUAGGAUUCAUAUUUGCACAUGCUGUUUAUUGCUUAUGUGUAGAAGGAAUGAAACUAGUUUCCAGAGUUGUUAUUAAUAUAAAUAUAUAUCAUGUGUUAACAUUGAGAAAGGAAAACACAUUCCCAAUGUUAGUAGUUCUUCAUUUCCUGUUUCCAACAGAAAAAUCACUCUUUAGAGACUAGUGUAAUUCUUGAUAAUAAAAGAAGAGUUUUGAUUAAGAACAGCAUUGAGCUUCAAAAUGCAAAGUGAAUGAUGAGAAAAAUUAUGUCUCAUUUAUUUUUUUCAGCACCCGUACCACAAUUAUUGUUAGGCUGGAUUGCCAUGGAAAACAUUUUUGGCAUUAAUGCAGCAACAACAUACUUUAUUACUACAUAGUUAAAGGAUUUAACUGAUUGUAUGGUUCAAGUUAUAUUUAUUUGACAUAUUCAAAGCUGUGGUUUCUAGGAAUUUGAAAGAUAUGAGAAAUAGGAUAAAAAGAAGAUCAGCACCAUGUAGCAGGAAUAGCUUUGCUGUCCAUGAAUAGAAAUUUAGUGGUAUCCUAUAUUACUUUAGUGUUGUACACUUUGUAAGACUUAAAGAUAUUUUAUUCUGUUGAUUCCUCUUCUUUGGUAUGUUAAGACAUUUCUUUCAAAAAUGACCAACAAAAUCCUUAUUUUCGGUGCCACUAGCAAAUGUAAGCAGCUACUUAGUUGCAGUUAGAUGUGACAGAAUGAAAUAAUUUAUGUAAAGCAGUAGAGUGCCUGGCACAAAGCAAUAAUAAAUGUUAUUGUUGUUAUCAUUGUAAAAUGAAUGACUUCAAUGAUAUAGUCCCUGUUUGGAGGGAUUUUGUGAUGCAGAAUAAGUUAUAGAAAUAGAAGACAGGUGGAAUAAGUAUAUGUUCAAGAGUUUUUAGAUGUGUUGAGUAGAGGUGGUAAUAAUGGAAGCAUUAAAUACAGAUGAAAAUCACACCAGAUAUCCCUGAAAUGGUAGCAAAGAAGGUUCAUUGUCUAGUCUUGGGCAGUGAGAGAAAGGACUAGGGCUAGGCAGUGUGAGGAAAAGUGAGGGCUUGCUAAAGUUUGAGAUCUAUUGGCAGCCCUGGAUCACAUGGGGGCAGCACCAGGGAAUGCCUCUGAAAGUGGAGAGAGGUCCUGGAUACUUCCCUUGUGUAUAAUAGUUUCUAGUGUCCAACAGUGAGGAAAUGGCAAAGCGUGGUUACAAAACUGUGACAAAAAUAUUUACAUCUAGCAAUGUUACCAUUCAUAUGCCAAACAUUGGCUGCACAGGAGUAGCCUUAUUUUUAAUUAACAUCAAAAGACUAGAUCUGAAGCCUUCCAUGAAGGAGAGGCUAUUCAUACGGCAUUCCUGGAACAAAACACUGCACAGGUCCCCAGCCUCUCCACUCCUGAGUGGGCUGGUGCUGAACAGUCAGGGAUUGUUCUUGGACUAACCUUCUGAUGCUUCUUGCAGUCUCCUUUCAUCUUUCCCUGAAAUAUACACAUAAACAAAUAUAAUAACAAAUAGUAAUUAAAUGACUUUCAGGAUAACAUCUAGUUGUUCAAAUUUCACCCUUCACAGGUUUGUGUGUGUGGGUGUGAGAGUUUGUGUGUGUGUCUUUAUGUUUGCAUAUUGAAGCAAUUUGAAUUUAUUUACUGUAUAUUUUCUGAGUAAAAAAACUGAAAUUACCUACUUGGUUCAGAUCAUGGUAUUCAUUGGUGAGACUGUGUGGAGGCUUAAUAUUCUAUAUAUGGAAAAUCCUUUCAUUCCACAGCUAGUUACCUCAGAUUCAGAAUAUGAAUACUGUUUGUAGUAUGCUUUUGUAGGAAUGAAUUUGAAAGGUAGUUUUGUCAGUAAACAAAAGUUCAACUAAUCUCAAAUCUGUUUUGAUGGUGUGAUAAGAAAGAAAAGUAAAACCUAUGUGAUGGACCCUGUAAUUGGGGAAGGAGUCUCCCAAAAGGAAAAGCAGGGAAUAAUUAACAAAUUUCAUUGAUCUUAAAAUUUAAUUUAGAGUGAAAUGCUUUUUCAUGUACUUUAUACACAUGUAAGUGCCUCUGAUUCACGGUAACGAAUAUAGUACCUAUGGUGUGUGAAGCAAUACUGUUGUCAGAAUGUUUGCCAAUUAACAUAAUUCAAGUCUACUCUUUUUUUUUGGUUGGCCAGUUUAGCAAAGGGUUGUCAAUUUUAUUGACCUUUUCAAGGAACCAAAGUGGAAUUUUGGGUUUUCUCUAUUGUGUUUCUAAUCUCUAUGUCAUUAAUAUCUUCUCUAAUCUUAUUAUUUUGUAACUUCUGCUUGCUUUGUAUUUAGUUUGUGUCCUUUCCAGUAUCACAAGGUGGAAGGUUAGGUUAUUGAUCUGAAUUUGGUUUUGAAUAAAGGCAUUAACUAUUAUAAAUUUUCCUCUGAGCAUUGCUUUAGCUGCAUCUAAUAAGUUUUGGUAUGCCAUGUUUUUGUUUUCAUUCAUUUCAAAGUAUUCGAAAAUACUUUGCCUUGUAAUUACUUUUUGAUGCAAUGGUUAUUUAGGAGUAUAUUGUUUAAUUUCCACAUAUUUAUGAAUUCCCAAGUUUGUUACUGAUUUGUAAUUUUUUCUGUUGUGGUCAGAAAACACACUUUAUAUGAUCUCAGUCUUAAAUUUAUUGAGGCUUGCUUUCUGGCUUAGCAUGUGGUUUAUCCUGCAGUAUAUUUCAUGUGUACUUAAAAAUAUGUAUUGUACUGUUGUUGGAUUAUGUGUGUUGUAGAUGGCUGUUAGGUCUAUAGUGCUGACAAAUAGUGUUCAAGUCUUCCCUUUCCUUGUUGAUCUGCCUGUUUCUGUGUAUUAUGAAAGUAGUGUAUUGAAUUCUCUGAAUAUUGUUGAAUGAUGUCUUCAAUUCUGUCAGUUUUUUUCUACAUUAACUUUGGGACUUUUGUCCUCCCAUAUCUCUGGUAACAUUUUUAAUUUUAAUCUAUUAUGCUUUGUCAGAGAUUAGUUUAGCUACUCCAGCUUCUUAUAGUUGCUGUUUGUAUGAUGUAUCUUUUUCCAUCUUUUCAUUUUCAACUUAUUUAUAUUAUUGAAUCUAAAAUGUAUCUUCUGUAGACAGCUUAUAGUUGGAUCUUUUUGUUUUUUUGAAAUCCAGCCUGACAGUCUCUCUGCCUGUUAAUUGGGUGAUUUAACCCAUUUGCAUUUAAUGCUAUUGUUGAUGUAGUUGGAUUUGUCUGCCAUUUUACUUUUUGUUUCCUACGUGUCUUGUGUCUUUUUGUUGUUGUUCCUCUAUUCCUCCUCUAUUGCUUUCUUUUGAAUUAAAUGAAUAUGUUCUAGUAUAUUUCAAUUGCUUUAAUUAUUUUUUUCACUUUUUUGAGUUUAUUUUCUUAGUGGUUGCUAAAGUGCAUAUCAUAUACUUGUUAAUUUAUCAGAAUAUUUCAGAUUUAUAAUAACUUUAUUAUAUUGAGUUAUGUAGUUACUAGUAAAUAGCUCUGAACUCUCUUCUCCCUUUUUGUGCUAUUGUUAAACAUUUUAUAUACAUGCUAUAAGCCCAACAAUACAUUGUUAUAAUUUUUACUUUAUAUAAUUGUAUGUAUAUUAAAGAAGCAAGUGAAGAAAGGAGAACAAAUUAUAGAGUUUAUUCUAGUAAGCUUUUAAUUUACCAUUUCUGGUUCUGUUCAUUUUGUCCUAUAAAUUUGAGUUACUGUCUGGUGUCAUUUCUUACUCCAGUACUUUUUUGUUCUUCUUCAUCUCCUUUGUGUUGUCAUUUCAAAUAUGUCACAUUUGUAUAUAUUUUGGGUCUAUAGUGCAAUUACAUGAUGUUUUAUACAAUUGCUCUUUAAAUAAGUUGAGAGAAGGAGGAAAUGUGUAUUUAUACUGUCUUUUAUAAUUACACAAUUACAUUUA